UUGAAAGACUAAGGACAGUCAGCUUCCAACAGUUUUCAAAAAACAUUGCUGGUCCAGGGCAAAAAAAAACAAAAUGCCUUAAGCGUCAAAAUCGGCUUAGUACUAGAGUUAUAUAGAUUUAGAAAAAGUAAACAAAAAUAAAUAUCUCGCCAGAAAAAUCGAUUCCCAGAGGGAGAAGCUCUCGAAAAACAAUUCCAGUGGAGAAGAUAUCGAUAUAGAAAUCGGGGGGCCGCGAUGAUGGCCAACCAGCCGGCUAUAACCACUGGUCGAGUGCGUAACACAUCGUUAAAUCUGGAGAACAAGCUGAUCGGCGGCAAGUAUCGGGUGGUCAAGCCCAUUGGAUCGGGUUCCUUUGGUGACAUAUAUCUCGGACUGAGCGUGAAGGAUGCUUCCGAGGUGGCCAUCAAGGUGGAGUCGAACGACGCCAAGUAUCCGCAGCUGAUGUACGAGGCCAAGGUGUACGAACAGCUGAACCGCAGCCCGGGAUUCCCCGCACUUCUCCACUAUGGCUCCGAGAAGAACUUCAAUGCCAUGGUUAUAGAGCUGUUGGGCCCCUCCCUCGAGGAGCUCUUCAAUGUCUGCAAGCGCCGGUUCUCGCUGAAGACCGUGCUCAUGCUGACCGACCAACUGCUGAAGCGCAUAGAGUGUGUCCACGAACUGGGGUUCAUACACCGCGACAUCAAGCCCGAUAACUUCCUGAUGGGGCUGGGCCAGCACUGCAACAAGCUGUUCCUCAUCGACUUUGGCCUGUCCAAGAGGUACAAGGACAUCGAGUCGGAGAUGCAUAUCCCCUAUCGCAAGGAUCGCAAUCUGACGGGCACCGUUCGCUAUGCCUCGAUAAAUGCCCAGAUGGGCGUAGAGCAGUCCCGCCGCGACGACAUGGAGUCCUUGUGCUAUUGCAUGAUGUACUUCAAUCUGGGAAAGUUACCCUGGCAGGGUAUUACGGCCGCCAACAAGAAGCAAAAGUACGAGAAGAUACUGGAGAAAAAGAAGAGCGUCACUAUCCCGCAGCUCUGCCAGGGCUUUCCCACCGAGUUUUCCCUGAUGAUGCACUACGUCCGGAAUCUUCGUUUCAAGGAGCCGCCGGAUCACGUCUAUCUCCGCCAGCUCUUCCGCAUCCUUCUGCGCACGCUGAACCACCAGUACGACUACAUAUACGACUGGACCCAGCUGCAGCAGCAAAAGGAGCAACUGCGCGCGAACAGGGAUCGGGAACGGGAUAGGGAACGGGAUCGGGAGCGGGACUUGGAGCGGGAUCGUGAGCGUCGACGGGAAAGCGAGCGCCAGAAGGAGCGCGUCAGAGAUCGUGAGCAGGAUCGUCUGCUCAGGUGUGCCACCCAGCAGGCGGAUCGAUCUUAUGGCCAUCUUUCGAGAUAUGAUCGCAUUGGCGAUGGGGCCCUCGGCAGGCGAAAGUAAUGUCACCCGCACCCAUAGAUUCGUAACAUAAAUAUAUCAAAAUUAUUUUCAUUUAACAGUUGUGUGGUUCACGUUGGAACCCUACUUGUAGUUGUUUUCUUUCGCAAAUACAAAUUGAAUUACAA